AUGUCAAUCAUUAGCCACCACGACACUUGCGUCUUCCACCUCCGUCGUCAGCCGCCACGACACUUCGCCUUCCUCGCGCAUCUCUUGCUCGUUGCACAGAGAGAGAGAGAGAGACGGAAAAAGAUGAGGUUGAUAGUGCACAACAUGUUGUCUUGCAACAUCAAGGGAGUGGUGAACAAGUUUCCACUGCUGAUCGAAGCUGAGAAAGUAAUUGAGAAGGAGGUCGAUUUCAACCCGGACUUCCUCAGGCACAUGUUCGCGAAGAUCGAGUGGAAGGCUUUGGUCGACGGUGCACGUUCUAUGGGAUACUCCGAGCUUCCAGACUACGCACCAGACACGGCGGCGCUGGAUUCCGACGAAUCUUUUCUCAGGAAGUUCCACCACGCUUUGCUCGAGCUCCACCUCGACGAAGGCUCAAUCGUCUGCCCAGAAACCGGUAGAAAGUUUUCAGUCAACAAAGGAAUCCCCAAUAUGCUUCUCCACGAAGACGAAGUUUAA